CAGUCUUAUCUCAGGUGUCAAUUUUAGAAGACGCGGUUGGGUACCUGGCAAUCACCGACAGUCAUUAAUUCCGUGGACGUGUGCGUUGGUUGUCUCUCCUUCGUAGCGCGUGUCAGCUGUUUCGGAUUAUGUCUUGUCUGGAAGGUAUGGUCCUAGCGAGGUGGUUGACCUUCCUGACCGCCGCCCUCUCGCUCGCCCUGCUCGCCCCCCCCGCCGCCGCCUCCGCCAUGCCCCUGGUCCCGAGCCUCCCCAAGACCGUGGAGGAGGAGGGCGUGUCCCUCGUCAACAUCUGGAGCCACGCCCUCAGGAACCAGAAGGACGAGGGCGGGAGUCCCCUCGUGAGGAGCGAACCAGGUCCCAAGACGAUCCUGGCCCCGAGCCCCUUCUUGAUGAUGAACCUGGUGCCCCAAGACGCGGCCCACCCGCUCUACAGCAACAAGUACGCCGACCUCCGCACGGAGUUCCUUCUCGACUACAUGCUGGAGGCCGACGUCUCUCCCGACGACCCCAAGAUGGCGGAGGAGGAGGGGCUGACGGUGCCCAAUCUGUUCGGGAAGUCGAUCACCUUUAGGAAGGAUGCCGACGGGAAAGUGAGCAUCGAGGGGCAGGCCGUGGAAGACUCGAAGAAGCUCUCAGACGGCCUCGUGGUCUACCAGCUGCCGGGCUUCCUCUUCGACCACCGGGAGCGCGUCCGGGAGGCCUUCGAGCUGCUGCAGAAGGAGACCCCGAGAUACGGUCCCAUGGGGAGGCCCCUGAAUAUGCCUAUGCCGCCAAUGAAACCGCCACAGUAAGAAAUUGCCGACCAAAGGUUUUAGUCAAUCAGAAUUUUUUACCUGAAAUUUGAAUUUUACCUGAAAUUUGAUUUUGUUCUGUGGAUUUCAACUUUUUAAAGAAACAUUUUGAUAGAAUGAUCGGAAGACUACCAGAUUGAAUAAAGGAAAAUAAUAAAAUUGAAUAAUAAUUAA